AUGUCUUCACGAUAUCCUCCAUCAUCUGGGUUCAAUUCCCGUGACCGUUCUCCCCAGCGUUUUGGUGACCGUCGCCCUCCCGCUGGCCCUCGUGGUUCCGACGAUGCAAACUUGGCUCCAUUGGGCAGAGAGCCCCCUCGCGGCCCCAAGGCCCUGAUCGAUCAUCCUCGGGGAGCUCCCUUUGGUGGUCGAGGUCGAGGCUUCCCUGGUCGGGCUGAGUUUCGCGACCGCGACCGCGACCCUCGGGAUCGGGACAGGGAGCGAGAUCGGGAUUUUCGAGAUCCUCGCGAUGGACCCCCGCCUUUUCGUCGAGAUAUUGACCGGGACUGGCCCCGACGCGAGCGAGACUUCGAUCCUCGAGAUUCACGGAUCGGUUUUGGCCGUGGUCGCUCCCGUUCGCCUCCGCCUCCGCCGCGCGACUUCCGUGAUAUGAGAGAGCCAGUUGGGCGCGACUCGGAUAUUGUUCGAAUGCGGCGUGGCUCGCGAGAUAGCUUGGUGUCGGUUUCGUCGAAUGCUCCGGAUGGUCCGGCCCUUGGUCCGAAUCAUCUCCCCCGUGGUGGCCCCAUGCGUGGCCGUGGUCGGGGAGACUGGGAGGUCGGUCGGGGUCGCGGUCGGAUUCCGUACCUGGACGAUCGGGACUCCUUUCGCCGGCGGAGUCGUUCACGAGAUGGCAGGCGUGACUGGGAUCGUGACCGAGAACGCGACAGGGAUCGCGACCGUGAAAGAGAAGUCAGAGAUCGAGUCAUGGACCGGGAGCGCGAACGGGAACGAAUCGUUGACCGGGAUCGCGAUCGGGAUAUUGACAGGCGCGACCGUGAAAGAGAACGGGACAUAAUUGAUCGACGGGAUCGGUUCGAACGUCGCGACGAUUUGGACAGACGGGUCGAUCGCGAUGAGCGGGACCGACCAGCAGAAGCAUGGAAAAGAGAUCAACUUCCAGCUCGAGCUGAUGCACGUACCAGCUCUGGACCCCACCCCUUCGCGUCCAUGGGCCCUGUCCCUGCAGCCUCGGAUCGAUUACCAGACCAUGCGAUCGUUGAACCGCCCCGUAAACCUCCCAUGGCCGAAGCUCGUCGAGACUCAAUACGGCCUGAUUUGGCUGCAUCGCGCCCAGAUCCGGUUAAAGAGCUACCAUCACUAUUACCGAUCAAGCGGUCUCCCCCUCCAGCGGCCCCUCAGGUACCGGCCUUUGGGUCAGUCACCGCGCCGAUCCCCGAUCUGUCUGCGGACAAAGUGGCCAUCGAUACAAUUUCGGCUGAGGUUGCUCCGUCAGUUGCAGAGAAGGAACGCAAUGAACCCCCGUCGCGUGCGCCCGUGCAACCUCCCACGGGUCCGAAAGCAGAGCGCGCCUCCGUCCAACCGCCACCAGAACCAAGAUUUCGACGAGAGGAGAUACGCCGCGAUGAAGGCCCGGAGACGAGCGAAAAGGAUAAUUCUAUACCACGCGCACCCAGAACUCACGCCAGCCCUUCUCUCCACGCGCGGAAGCAGACUCCAGAACUCUCACCACCGACUGCACCUGCGGCCAUGAUUGGCAAGGAAUUAAGCACACCGCAUGCAGAAGCGUCGUUGACCAGCAGGACAGGGAGUAUAGUCAGUUCUCCCGAACUGAGCAAGGCUCGCACCCCUUCGAUCGGUGCGACGUCACCCGGUUUGCACAUUCCUACAGGACCUCGCGCCCUGCAGCAACGAUCGACGCCGACUCGAGGGCCUCCGAAGGGUAAAGCGCAGUGGGCUCGACCUGGUUAUAAUCGUCACCCAGCCGGAGCUGGCGCCGUACCACUACCGAAACGGGAUUCCGUCGAUGGGAAAGAGCGAAGUCUGUCCAUCAGCGAGGACCCCAAACGGGAACCACCAGCUCCAGCCGAUGACCAUGGCAACGAACUGGAGGCGGGUGAGAUUUUGCCCGACAAGGAGAUCGAAGGCGACGCGCAUAUGUCCCCUGAACCUUUUAAGUCUGACGCAGUUCGUCACGUCACUCCUCCCCGAGCGCCAGAACCAGUUGUCGAACCUGAGAAGAAGGUCGCCCCGGAAGACAAACCCGCCAUGCAGGAAGACACGCUGAUACCAGACUUUGGCCGAUCAAGCGAUGAAGAUGAAGACGAGAACGAUGUAUUCACGCAAGAGUACCUUGAGGAACGGAAACAAAUCUUCGAAAAGGACAUGAAAGCGCUCCGCGCCGAAAUGCCUCCUCCACCCCUUGAAGAUCCGCAUAUCGUUUCCCUCUUAAUGCAGAUCCAGCUUCUAGGAGUCCUUGCCAAUGAGCAGCCUGCAGGCGAAGCCGCUCGCCCCCCUGUUCCCGCGGUCGAAGUUCCCAAGGCGGCAAAUGAGGCAGAGGAGCCUGCACCUGUCGCGGUCAAGCAAGACGCUGAAUUAGAAACUCCCGAGACGUCACCAAAGCUCGCUUUAGAUCUAGUUCCGCCAGUGGACAGCAUUUCGGUCAAAGACUUGCCAUUCUUGCAGUCUGGUCCGCCUACACCGAUAUCGGACCUUGACGUUUACCAGGAAAAUGCGGCGAUACACGCUCGUAUGAAGGAUGUGUUCAGUCAAGAAUUGAUUAAACGGAGGAAGGAGAUUGCCCGGAAGAACGCGGAGCUUCGCGAGGAGUACUUGUCAUACUACAAGCCUUGGAGGAUGCAAGUGUGGGAACUGGAUCGCGCAAAGGCCAGAGCUUCCGCCACGCCAGGUGCUGGAACACCUCCGGCUCCUCCUGCUGCACCAACGCCUCCGGUCGCCGAGGGAAGACGAUACAAAGGUAACAGCGAGCUCGACUUUCAGAACGCGCUCCGUGCGUCCGAAAUAUCUGCGCAGGAAGAACUGGAGCGCCGUCGGGGAAAUAAGGCAACGGCUCAGCCAGACCUCGCCCGAGAAGCCGUCAUCCCAGACAUGCUCGAGCCAGGGGAGGCAAAGGCGCAGAUCUACAAGGAUAUCAACAACUCUGUCGACCCUGCGAACGCCAUGGAUGUCUUUGGCUUCCUACCUCCUCCCAAUGACUUCACGCCUGAGGAACACGAGAUAUUCACUGAUGCCUUCAUGGCGUACCCAAAGAAGUGGGGCAAGAUUGCCGAGUCGCUGCCCGGACGGGACUUCCAGCAGUGUAUCAUUCAUUAUUACCUCACAAAGGAAGAAAUCAAAUACAAGGCGAAGUUGAACAAGAGAUGGAGUCGUCGCGGUCGUGCUCGAAGAUCCGCUCGGCCAAAGUCCAACGCUCUCAUGAAGGAUCUCGGUGUGGUCAAACCCGAUUACGAUGGCGAAGAAGAGCCCGCCCCUGUCACAGACACUGGCCGUCCGCGCCGUGCCGCUGCGCCUACCUUUGGGGACUCCUCCGCUGCUGAUACGGAUACCAACGGCCGCCGCGGUGCUGGAAAGGACGGUGAGCCAGGAGAGAAACCCAGCAGACGAGGUGGUCGCACUGGCACAGGUACCCGUGGCAAUCGACGAGGCAAAGCUGCUCAGCAACAGCAGCAACAACAACAGCAGCAGCAGCAGCAGCAACAACAACAACAACAACAGCAACAACAGACCCUGCCCCUACCCCAGCCUCCGACCGAGAUGUCGAAAGUACCGCAUCCAGGCCCCCCAGAACAACCUAUGCAGACCUUGCCAGUCGCAGCAGUUACCGCUCCUCUUGUUCCCGCGCCUAAACCAGAGCCACCCGAGACAUUCAUGGCGGGCAUGACUGAAGUACCUGUACGGAUCAAGGAAACGACCGAGAGAGAGAUCCCCGAGGCACCUCCGCGAGCGAAGGCCGGAAGAGGUCGCCAGAGGGAAGGCAUGUACGUCUUCGAAUCGGCGGAACAAGACAGUUUGGGAUCUGCCAGGCCAGUCGAGGGUGGCUACGGAUCACUGCAACCUACCAGCUACUGGUCUGUUCCCGAGCAGCGUGACUUUCCACAGCUGCUGGCCCACUUUGGCAGAGACUUUGAGGGCAUAUCAAACUUUAUGAAGACGAAGACUACUGUUAUGGUCAAAAAUUACUUCCAAAGGCGCAUAGACUCGGGGCAGAAAGACUUCGAGGACAUCGUGGCCGAUGCAGAGGCUAAAAAGGCUCGUGGUCAACCGACUGGUCCAUUGCCCGUGCCUAACUUUGCUUCGAAGCGACGUUAUGAAGCGACACCAUCGUCGAUCAUGCCUCGACCGCUGGCACCCCAUACUGACACGGUGGCAGAGUCGGACGAGGCGCGUACGACGAAGACCAAGCAUACUGCCACAGCCUCUCAACUUGCACCUUUGCAUGCCCGACCUCCUCCAGAGAAGGAGCGCACUGUCUCCAGGUAUCCGCCGCUGGCACAAGCCAGCAACGUACCGAUGUCGACAGUGCCGAUGCUUGGCGAAGAUCAAUCUCGGGCUAUCCGAUCACAGGUGGGCCUACCGCCGCGUCUGCAGGGGCCACGCCUGGGCUACUUCACCGAGGAGAGGCAGGCUCCGACCCUGGUGGCACACGCAAAUGUCCGACCUCAGGAACCACCGCUCUCUGCACGCCAGACUCCUGUAUCGGUAUCGGAAAUGGCCAGGAUGGAGCCACUCCACGCACAAAGUUUCAGGACCGCAAGCAUGGAUAUGCACGGGUCGCCGUUACUUGCAGCUCAGGGCUCGAUUCCUCCGUCGCAGCAGGCGUACAUGCAGCAACAGCAACAGCAACAGCAACAGCAUGCGUUCAUGCCAGCGCCCACUCACUCCCGCCAAAGCAGCCUUACGAAACCGCCCGGUUCGCCUGCACAGCAUUUGCAGCGGCAGGAGGCGGAGGUGUCGCCCAUUCGACGCGACUCCACCAGCCAACGGCCAUUUUACCCGCUGCCCGGCCAGCAUGCUGGACUGUCGCAGCCGCCGAUUCUGUCCCCGCCCAAGGAGCCGCCACGGCCCAGUUCGACUCCACUGGAGCCCGCAGAGGCACCCCGGCAGGUGCCUGCUAAACGGUCCAACAUUAUGAGCAUUCUGAAUGAUGAGCCGGAGGAGCCACAACCUCGGAAACGGUUCGCCAGCGACCAGGCCUCGUCCAACGGGCCGGGCAAGCCAGCGUCGCCCUCUCGUCCCAUCUACUCCGGGGCCCAUUCACUACCUCAACAGGCGCCGUCGCGUCAGGACGAGACGUUCAUGGCAUCCGCUGCCGCUCAAAAGCCUCUUUACGCCCCGCAGAGUCAGUACCUGCCGCCGUCGCGUGCGUAUUCGGACUAUCAGACCUACUCCACCGUGCCUGGAGGAUCGCCCGGCCCACCGGCGAACAACGACUGGAUGGCUCGGUUCGACCCGAGAGGCCAACAGCAACAGCAGCAACCUGCGCCUCCUCAGCCCCCGCAGCCGAAUCGGCCGGCCACAACAUUGGCAGCGCAGCCGUCGUACUCUCCAUAUACCUCCGGGCAAUCCCAUCCCGCUUCCUCUCUUCCCAACCUCACCGCUCCAUCUCCGGCCCCUACACCGUCCCCGGCUCCGACUCAGCGUCCCUCGUAUCCCGGAUCGGUAUACGCACAGUCGCCGUCCUCACACACGCAGCCAGGGCCUAGUGGCGCGCGCGAUCUGGGCUCGCAGACUCAGAUCUACCGGACCGCAGUUGGAUCCCCCACGUCACGUCACAACUCCAUCGCGUAUGGCUCACGACAGGGGCCGCCGACGCCGGUUCAAUCCCAAGCAAGUCUGCUUGGCCUUGGGUCUCGGCCGCCUGCGCCAACCGUGUCUGCCGCAGCCCCACCGAGUCAUAUGUCGGCUCACCAGACCUAUCAGCAGCAUGUGCAGACCAUGGUCAACGGAGCCCAUCAGCAGCAAUCACAUCGCGGUCCGCUAGGAUUGAGUGCUGGCUAUGGCCACAAUACACCGCAACCGCAAGCACAGGCUUCCCGUGCGACGGGGCUGCCAGGACCGCCCUCUCAGUCGGCCACCAUGGGCCGGUCGUAUACCCCGCCGGCGAUUCUACAGCCGAACCCGGCGGGCUACGGUCCUAGCGGCCCGUCGUCGGGGAUGCAUCCUCUUCAGGCGCGGCCGUCUGGUCCUGGAGGUCUUGGUGAGCCUCUUUCCUCUGGCCACAAUCCUGGACAUCAACGGGGGUACAGUCAAGGAUCCAGUGGAAUGCCACCACAGCAUGGGCCACGCUAG